AUGGUUCGCCAACUCAAGCACCAUGAGCAGAAACUCCUCCGGAAAGUAGAUUUCCACACCUACAAAUCUGAUGGCUCGCAUCGCGAACACCACAUUCGGCAGCGAUACAUGCUGCAAGACCCCAUGGACUACAAGAAAUACAAUGCGCUCUGCGGCUCACUCCGCCAACUCGCACACAAGCUCUCCGCGCUCGAUCCCGACGGCGACGCCACCCGCAAGAAGAUCGAGUCCGAACUGCUGGAGAAGCUGUGGCGGAUGGGGAUUCUGAAACAAUCACGCGAGCAGGGGGCGGGUCUUUCGAAGGUGGAGCGGGAGGUUACAGUGUCUGCGUUUUGUCGACGGAGAUUGGCGGUGCUGAUGGUGAGGAGUGGGAUGGUUGAGACAAUUAAGGCUGCAACCACAUUCAUCGAACAGGGCCACGUCCGGGUUGGGACAGAAGUUGUCACCGACCCGGCCUUCCUGGUCACCCGUAACAUGGAGGACUUCGUCACCUGGGUGGAUUCGAGCAAGAUCAAGCGGAACAUCAUGCGGUAUCGCGAGAAGCUGGAUGACUUUGAUUUACUGUGA